AUGUUCGCCGAAAUCGUGUUCGCCAUCGAGUCAUCGCUAAUGAUGGUCGUCCUCGGUCAUCACUUCUGUCACAUGUACCAGUUUCUUUUCGCGAAAAAGUACCGCGGCCAUAUCCAGAUCCCGAUCCUCGUCUUCAUGUUGCUAUCCUGCAGCAUCGUCCUCAUUGUCGACCUGAUCAUCUUGAACCCAAUAUUUUUCUUUUCCGGCGGAGGGCUGGCACUGAACUGGAUCCGGUUCAUCACCGCCUCGCCAUUACCCGCCCUGUUUGCAAUGUGCACUUGCCUGUACUUGGUAUCCGCGUGUACGUUUGCGGCCACGGUGUGGACCUGCUUCCGGACGCUGGGCAUCAUCAGACGACGUCAGACGGCACAAGUGCUCCCCCGCCCUUUUCUGUACAUCUGGUUGCCUGGCUAUCUCGUCCCCUGCCUGCCCUACGUCUGGGCCAUCAUGAAGGCGUUCGAGUUGAGCGAGAAGAUGGCGUGGCUGCGGCCCUACUACGUCAUCUUUUGCGCGAUUGGCGUGAAUUUCCUGAGCGGGAUGCUAUACGUAAUAUUACAUCUAUGGGCAGCCUUCACCCUGCACCAGCGCCGAGAAUCUCGAAAAGAGGUCCGAGUCGUUUUGGUCCGAGUCUCGAUAUUUGUCAUAAUGAUUGGCAGUCUAUGCCUGAUUUUUACCUACUUCCUGUUCGCCUACGGCCAAGGUGAGCGCUACGCGUGGAUGCACGCGCCGCUAUUCACGCUAUUUGUUGGGGCCUACGCAUCCGCGUUGCCGAUCCUGGCGAUAGCCUUCGGAAGACCACACAAGCAGUCGACGGGCGGACGAGUGAUACAAGUAUCCGCUGGCACGAUGUCGGCGCACAGUCAACUGUUA